UGCUAACAUAACGGAAGUACCCUCUUGCUGCGUUGUUUUCAUCUGCGCGUGACCAGAACCUCGUAGAACCACAACCCGUACAGAAUCUGUGAUAGAACCACCACAGCCCCUUUGGAACUUAAAAAAACCUAAGACAGAACCGCACAGUUCCUUCCUAGACUUUCUGCGGUAGAACCAGUCUUUUCAUAGAACUUUUAAAGGACGGCAGCUGAGGUAUUUUCUUGCAGUGCUAGGCUAGAACAAAAUCUAGCUUUCAUUUCCCAGCGAGAUGACUUCGGGCUAUGGGAAAGGACCGGGGGAAACCUUUUUAGGCAGUAGAAUAAUUCCAGAGGUUGAGCUCAUGUCCAAAUAUCUGCGAGGACUAGACAAGGAACGUUUUCGCUGCAUACUUAAAGCUGUGGUGAACGCUAUUGAAGGCAAGAACUGUUGUGGAGAAGUGAAGGCUAUUCUUGAGAGUGGCACCGUCCCAGAGGAGGCAUUAAACCAUAUAAUUGCUGGAAUGUUUGGUCUGCUGAAAGAAGCGUUACGCCUUCCAAAGUCAACUUUUAAACAGGAGGUCUUUCAAGAGGACUUGAGGACACUAAGGAUAUCAGAAGAAUUUAUCGCAGACUUUUCUAGUGUUGUUUUUGGAAACAGACGCCCAUUGGAAUCUGUGGGUACUCCACAAGUUGCAGACCUUCCAUGCAUCAAGGAAUUCAAUUGGCGAGUGGAUGUAGCUAUUUCAACAAGCUCUAUUGCCCGGGCGCUGCAACCCUCUAUACUCACAGAGGUGAAGCUCUCCGAUGACACCAGACAUCACAUUGAGAUUCCCAUUUCGAAGUUUCAAGAAUUGCGUUACAACAUUGCACUCAUUCUCAAGGAGAUGACUGACCUUGAGAAAAAAAGUAUUCUCAAGAUUCAAGCUUGAAAUGCCAGUUCCCAUACUUUGACUGCAAUGCCGUCUGCCAUUAGAAAUCUGUAAAGAGUAUUAAAUGUAUAAAACAAUUUAAGCGGACUAGUCUUAAUGUAGCCUACUGCCUCUGCUUUGUGAAUCUUUAUAUGUCAACUGAUCUGAAAAAAUAUUUGAAUUAAAUGUUUUUUUUAAUGAAUGUGAAUUUGAAUGAAAUACUAUGAAUUUAAUUAUUAAAAUUUGUACCAAAUUUGAAGUAA